CUGUCCGAAGCUGAUAAGCUGUCCGAAGCUGAUAAGCUGUCCGAAGCUGAUAAGCUGCCCGAAGCUGAUAAGCUGCCCGAAGCUGAUAAGCUACCCAAAACUGAAAAAGUGCCCGAAGCUGAUAAGCUGCCCAAAGCUGAAAAAGUGCCCGAAGCUGAGCAGCUGCCCCAGGUUGAGAAGCUCCCUGCCACCAAAGUUGAGAAGCUCCCUGCCGUCAAAGUUGAGAAGCUCCUAGCCGCCGAAGUUGAGAAGCUCCCAGCCGCCGAAGUUGAGAAGCUCCCAGCCGCCGAAGUUGAGAA